AUGCCGACAAACAACGCCAUGCGACUCCUCAAGCGCAACCCGGACGGAAGUCUGGAGUUCACACGAGAUCUGUCCAGCGAGAUUCCACCUCAUGCAAUCCUUUCGCACACAUGGGGACCAGAUGACCAGGAGGUCACAUUCCACGACAUUGAGAACCGGAGAGGACAAGACAAGGAUGGGUUCAAGAAACUGACAUUCUGUGGGGACCAAGCUGCAGCUGAUGGCUUGGAACAUUUUUGGAUCGACACGUCCUGCAUAAAUAAGACUAACAGCACGGAGCUGAGCACAGCAAUCAGAUCCAUGUUUCGAUGGUACCGAGAUGCUAGCAAAUGCUACGUGUAUCUGACGGACGUGUCCUGCAAGGAUGAAGAGCAUCUCCACAGCGCUUCUUGGAAGACUGAGUUCAGGAGAAGCCGCUGGAUGACGCGCGGAUGGACACUUCAAGAGCUGAUCGCACCUUCCUCGGUCGAGUUCUUCUCCAAGGAAGGGAUACGACUUGGCGACAAGAGGUCACUUGAGAACCUAUUGCAUGAGAUCACGGGUGUCUCAGUGGACGCCCUUCGAGGCAAGCCAUUAGCAGAAUUCGGUAUUGAGGAAAGGCUUUCAUGGUUGGAGAAACGAAGCACAAAACUCCCCGAGGAUCGUGCAUAUUGCAUGUUUGGCAUCUUCGGCAUCCAUCUCCCCGUGCUCUACGGCGAGGGUGAAGCAGAGGCAUUCUUUCGACUCCAUAAAAGAAUCGGUAAGCAACCUCCAUUGCCAGGGACCCGAAGACGCUGCAUUGCCGACCUCUGCGUGACCAACCCUCGGGACGACAAGACACGUAUUGAAGACAUCAAAGGUGGUCUUCUGGCAGACUCGUACACCUGGGUGCUUGACAAUCCAGACUUCCGUAAAUGGCUGGACAACAAGAGCGAGCGACUGCUCUGGGUUAAGGGAGACCCGGGCAAGGGCAAGACGAUGCUUCUCUGUGGCAUCAUCGACGAAAUAGAGGCGAAGAUAGAAAAUAAGCAACUCCUUGCUUAUUUCUAUUUCCAGGCUACCGAUGAACGCAUCGACUCUGCCAUAGCGGCAGUAAGAAGCCUGAUAAUGAUGUUAUUGGAGCAAGAUGGCGCCUUGCUAUCUCAUAUUGAGAAGAAAUACGAGAUCCACGGCCGGGCACUUUUUGAGGAUGCCAACGCCUGGCACGCCCUAUACAAGGUCCUACUCGACAUGCUACGGGCUCCGAGGCUGGCGGAGGUGUUUCUCGUAGUUGAUGCCCUAGACGAGUGCCUCAAUGGGCUUCCCGGGCUCCUGAAUCUCAUCGUGGAGACCUCAAAGCCAGGCUACCAUGUGAAGUGGCUGGUCUCGAGCAGAAACUGGACAGAAAUCGAGGAGCGUCUUGGGUCUGUCGCGCACAGGCUCUCUCUCGAGGUCAAUACCAGCUUGGUUGCGGCGGCGGUCAGGAGCUACAUCAGCUACAAGGUCUCUCAACUUACCGAGCGCAAACGCUACAAUAAGAAGGUGGCUGACCAGCUGUACGAGUACCUGUCGUCAAACGCGGACGGCACUUUUCUGUGGGUUGCCUUAAUUUGCCAGGAGCUGGAAAAAGCACCUCGACAUAAGGCAUUAGAAAAGGCACAAUCUUCUCCAGCAAGCCUCGACGAGCUGUACGAGCAGAUGAUGCGGCUUCUUCAGGCCUCCGAAGAUAGCGCACUUUGCACAAAGGUGCUUGCUGUCGCCGCCACAGCAUAUGUCCCACUGGUUCUUGAGGAGUUCGCCGCGCUAAUUGACGAGUGUCGGAAGAUGUUGGACGACUCAGAGUUGCUCCGAGACGUUGUCGCAGCGUGUAGGUCGUUCCUCACAAUUCGAGACAACACGGUCUACUUUGUCCAUCAGUCAGCCAAAGACUUCCUCGUCAACAAGAAGGAAGCCGUGUUAUUCCCGGAUACCAAAUAUGCAGUGCACGGACAAAUGUUUGCGACUUCUGUAGCUGCGAUGUGCGAUGUUUUGAGGCGAGACAUGUAUGAUUUGGGCAAACCAGGGGCUCACGUCGACUCUUUUCUCGUCCCUAGCAACAACCCCCUACUCGGAGUCGAAUAUUCUUGUAUCAACUGGAUCAGACACUUCAUCGAGUCAAAUCGGGAGGCAGAUAAGAACAGCGAGGCAACCCAACAACGAUACCAAUCAGCAGAUCGGUUCUUGCGGACCAAGUGUCUCUACUGGUUCGAGGCACUGAGUCUGCUCGGGAUGUUGUUCAAAGGAAUGUCGGCGCUUCAAGAGCUUGCAGAGCAUCAGUCUUCAACUCAACUGAUGGAGAUUGCUCGCGAAGCCUACCGUCUGUUGCAGCACUUCAGGGUGACGAUACAGCAAUGGCCCCUCCAGACAUACGUCUCGGUUCUGAUUUUCAGCCCAGCUAAGAGCCUCUUGCGCCGACUCUUCCACCAUGAACGCCCGUCGUGGGUCGAAUGUCGAGUAGGUGUCGAGGAUCAUUGGAGCACACGUGAAAUGACUCUCGAGAGCCAGGAUGACCUCGUGUCGGCUUCCUUCUCUCCUGAUGGGCGGCGCCUGCUUUCUGUCUCAAAAAAGCAUGAAGUCAAUAUCUGGAAUGCAACGACCGGGGUGUUGGAGAUGACCAUCGAGGGAGUUUCUACCGCAUCUUUCUCCUCGGACGGGGGUCGCGUUGCCUCGGCAGGUUACUGUUCCGUCUCGCUUCUGAAGGCAUCCUCAGGCGCCUGCGAGAGGAAACUUCAGAGCCAACUGGAGUAUGCCCACCUCGUGUCGUUCUCUGCGGACAGCAGUCAUAUUGCCGUUGCGGGGGCUGCCAGCGGAGAAAGACAUGUUGAAAUAUGGGAUGCGAGUAGAGGAACUUGCGUGGCAACACUCCCAUGCCAGUCCCACGACACCACGGCAGCAUCUUUCAGUGCUGACGGGCAUUGUAUACGGGUGGGAGAUGAUGAAGGGACAGUCAGGAAGUGGGAUAUCACCACAACAACAUGCCUGAGCACGAGACUGGUUCCAACCGGGGGUUCCAUGAAAGUCCUGUGCUUUUCCACAGAUGCCCAACAAGUCAUUCUGGCAUCAAAACCAUCCUUGACGUCAGAGGAGUCGCCUGGGUGGCUAGAUGUUCGGGAUGCGAGCGAAGGGACGCGCAUAGUGCACUUGCAUGGGCAUGACAGCCACGUGUUAUGCGCUGCUUUCUCGGCCGAUAAUCGACGCAUCGUCUCAGGGACCAGAGAUGGCAUAAUCAAGAUCUGGAACGCCACAACGGGUGAGUGCCAGUCGACACUCAAUGCUGGCCCCAUCCUGGUCCGUUCCUGUGCCUUCUCUCCCGACAAUCGGCGCAUCAUCUCGGGCCAUCCCUACACGAUUCACAUAUGGGACGCUUCUGCACAUUCAAACUGUUCAGCGCCAGCCGGCCAUAAAGAUAUGAUUAGGUCAAUCGCUUUCUCAGCAGAUGGGCAACACGUCGUUUCGACGUCCAUAGAUGGCACAGCCAAGCUUUGGGGUACCGCCUCAGGCACCUGCCUGGCGACCCUGGCAGGCCACACUAAUCAGACUUUCUCCGCUGCAUUUUCUCCGAAUGGCCAACAUGUCGUCACGUGCUCACAGAGUGCUGUUAGAAUCUGGAAUCGAGCAUCAGGUGCCUGCGAAUCGAGCUGGAAUGCUGACAGCACAGCUGCUGUUUUCUCGAUCGAUGGGCAGCACAUUAUAUCAGCAAAUAAUCACGGCAUCUGCAAGCUCUGGAAUGUGGCGUCUGCAAGCUGCCUCGAUAUGCGUGCGGUCCAGGGCGGUAUGAAUCUAUUCGAGCAGGCCCUGGGCAAACAACGUAUUGGUGCUCGGCAAGACAAGACUCCGGCUGCUGCCAAUUUGCUGGGAGACUGGCAUCUGUACCUCGGCCCAUCGCCCCCUCCGAGACACAGAGAUAUUCUUCAUCAUGGGCGCUGGCUCAGCACGGAAUCAGAAGUCCUGAUUCGCUUGCCCAAACACCUCCUGCCUCUCAGAUUUGCUACGUUCCACUCUGAAGCAGCAACCGAUGUAGCUGUAGGAACCCGAUCCGGCCGUAUUUGUCUUCUUCAUUUCUCCAGUGCCAUAUUUGGUGAGUAG